AUGCGGCACCCGCGGGCCGGUCCCUGGGCGGGUCGCUCCUUCUACCUGCUGAACGCGGCAGCGUCUGCGGCCAUCGUGCUCUUUCUCUGCUCGCAGGGGGUCGCCAUCUGGAGGGAGGGCACGAGCGACCUGGACCGCUUCACGCUCAUGCUCUCCACCUUCAACACCAUCGCCACGUGGCUCUUCCGUCUCGGCCACAUAGCCGUCCACGAGCACCAAUUCCACUACCUCUCUCUCCAAAGUGAGAACGUCAAUCUGGCAGCCUACUCAGCGGUGACGUCACUACAAGGAUUCCCCGCAUCUGUCCGGAAGUCGCUGCUGAUUGUCAUGACCCGUGCUCAGCUCCCCCUGCGCAUCACCGCCGGUGGGCUGUUUCCCUUCUGCAGGGAAUCCUUCGUCUCGGAGCGUAGUACCCAGUAUUCAGCAAAGGUCGCCGUCGACAAGGAAAUACACUCCUGCAAAUGGAAAAAAUAA